GCUUAGCACUUUAUUUGAGCUCAUAUUACUAGUUCUCUAGGUGAUAGACGAUCGUACCUUAAUAUUAAAUUACUUGAGUUUAGCUUGUAUAUGGAAGUUGUGAAACUGUAGUUUAUUGAAUUAUGAAUAUAGUCGAUCUCAACUGGUUUAAAAUCAAGGUGUAAUCAUUGUUCCAAACAAAUAAAGCUCUAGCCAAUGAGAAUGUGAUUAAGGGAAUAAGUAGAGACAAAGAGACCAAAUUUAAUCAAAAUAAUUAGCAUAUAAAUAUUAUGAAAGCUCAGAAAUUCCGCAUUAUGCUUGCUCUAAUCAUGUCAAAAUUGAGAAAAGUAGGGAAAAAGUUAAACACAAACAAAAUACAACACCUUUUAAUAUAAUUAACAUAUGGGGAAUGCUUCCCACUUGCUCCACUUGACCAAACCACAAAUAAGACACAAAAAAACACUCAUUUUAACUCACUAAUUUACUAAUUUAACUUAUCUUAGUGCUAAUCAGUGCUGUCUUAUCUUUGUCAAUAAACAAACAUUAAUCUUAAUUCGUUUCAUCACUUAUAUAAACCCCAUCUCAUUCUUUCCACACAAUUAAUUAAAAAGAAAAAAAAUGGAAAAUAUUACUAAUACUCCUAAAUUGCAUGUUAGAAAUUUAGUUAGAAGAAGUUCAAGACAUUCAACAAAAUAUCAUGGUGUAAGAAGAAGGCCAUGGGGUAGAUAUGCUGCUGAGAUUAGAAAUCCAAAUACAAAACAAAGACAUUGGCUUGGUACAUUCGAUACUGCUGAAGAAGCUGCUCUAGCUUAUGAUAUUUCUUCUAUUAAUUUUUGUGGUAUCGAAAAUGCACGUACUAAUUUCGUAUAUCCUUUUUCGUCUUUUCCUUCACCUUAUAAUAAUUCUCCGGCACCACCAUCACCACCACCUCAACCACUACCACCACCACCACCGUCAACGCCGGAGUUGGAAGUGGUUGAAAAUAAAUGCAUGAAGAUUGAGAUGAAUGAUGAUAUUAAUGAUGAUGAUGAGUCUCUUGUUAUUGCUUCUAUUUUACAAAGUUUUCGUUAUACAAACACGUUAGAUAAGCUGUCUCUUUGAGGAUAUAUCUAAGAUAUCAUAUCUUCAACAGUUUUGAAUACUUUUUUUAAAAAUAUUAUUUGUUGAAAAUGCAAUGGCAAAAAAAUUAAAAGAUAUUUUCCUCAUCGAUCAUGCAAUAUGUUGAAAUUUAUUAUUUUUGUCCUUCCAUUAACAUAGCUACAACUUUAAUGAAUUCUUAACAUUGGUUAUAAUACCACCUAAAAAAAAAACUAUGGGAGAUGGUGACGAAGAUGAUGUAUUCACUAAGCUAGCA